GGAGCUGUAGCACCCUCUCACGAUGGAAGAACUGGAGCAAGGCCUGUUGAUGCAGCCAUGGGCAUGGCUACAGCUUGCUGAAAACUCCCUCUUGGCUAAGGCUUAUAUCACCAAGCAGGGCUAUGCCUUGCUGAUUUCAGAUCUUCAAGAGGUGUGGCAUGAACAGGUGGAUGCUAGUGUGGUCAGCCAGCGAGCCAAGGAGCUGAACAAGCGCCUGACUGCCCCCCCUGAGGCUUUUCUCUGUCAUUUGGAUGAUCUGCUUCGCCCACUGUUGAAGGACAUUAUUUGCCCUGGAAAAGCUACCUUCUCCUGUGAUCGUGUGGCGGAGGCACUGAUACUGCGGGUGCGGAGUGAGCUCUCUGGUCUGCCCUUCUAUUGGAAUUUCCACUGCAUCCUAGCUAGCCCUUCUCUGGUCUCCCAGCAUUUGAUUUGUCCUCUGAUGGGCAUGAGUCUGGCAUUGCAGUGCCAAGUGAGAGAGCUGGCAACAUUGCUUCGUAUGAAAGAUCUAGAGAUCCAGGACUAUCAGGAGAGUGGGGCUACGCUGAGCCGAGAUCGGUUGAAGACAGAGCCAUUUGAAGAAAAGUCUUUCUUGGAACAGUUUAUGGUAGAGAAACUUCCAGAGGUAUGCAGUGUUGGUGAUGGAAGAGCCUUUGUCACAGAUCUGCAGAAUCUGUAUGUGGCAGUCACCAGACAAGAGGGCCAAGUGAGGCAGCAGCAUCAAAAUGCCGGAGAUCCUCAAACUUCAAGUAGUGCCUCCUCACAAGGACCUGAUAGCCAACUUCUAAACCAGCCAGAAGAGCCGGUUUUCUCAGCACCAUCCCUCCCAGUGCCUGACAGAGAGCCCCCGUGUACUUCAGGCCCUGUGAAGAGACCUCAGCUAUCCAAGGUCAAGAGGAAGAAGCUAAGGGGGCUCUUCAGUUGACGUGUCACUGUUUCAGCUGCCGAGGAUGGAGCCGGAGAACAGCUUCCUGGUGCCACCUUGAAAGGAGCUCCAGUGGCAGCAGGAUCUCUGACAGUUACAUAGUCAGAGGCAAGAGCACUGAAGCUCAUGUUCACAGGCCACCUGAAAUGGGUGCUAUUAACUGAGGGAAUCUUGGCUCCAACCCAUCGGGCAUUGGCCUUCCCUAUUAAAGGGAAAUCAGUCUCUGGGAAUCUCAUAUCCUCCUCCUUUUUGGUGAAGGUUCUUUAAACCAGGACCCUACCAUGGACUUUAGGUGUAUAAGACAAGUCAACAAAAAGGCACAACACGCUUAGGAAGCCUUGUUUGUCUUUCUCAAGAGUCCCUGGCCAAUUCCAGGUGCUCCUCAGAGACCCAUUUCUCUCUUUAGCGUGGAACAAAAACCACUCACACUCCCCUGCUUUUGAGAGUACUUAUUCACUAGGACACAUGACCCACUUCACUUUACUGGAUCCCACCGCACUGUUGUCUCUGGAUACAGUCUAGGCCCUCAGUCCAGUCCUUCAGGUUCUUCUUAUGAAUCUCUAUUGUGGCCUGUGCUAAGCCUCCAUGUGGAAACUUUGAUCUUGAGAAUUGUCUCCAUGGUGGGCACAAUGCAGAACAAAUAGCCUAUGCUUUUCUUUGCCUAAUUGAUGUGGUGUGGUUUUGUUUCUUUUUGUUUUUUGUCUCUUUCUAAGGCAUAGACAACAGAUUAAAUCACAAUAUGAGACUGAAAUCACAAAGAGCUUCAAACAGUAGGGUCAAGGGAGUUUCCCACUGGAGUGGGAGGAAAAGGAAUUUUACCUUCCCAUCCUUCACUCCACUUCAAAUAACGUAAUAACUAGAAGAACUAGGAAAGAUAAGAUGACAGGGAACAGGAAAUGGCCACAGUAGUUUGUGAGACAACGUAAUUGACCAAUAGAAUGAAUAGUGCUUAGCAAGAAAAGUCAUAAAGGCUGUACGAGAUAGGCAGAAUCUUAGAUAUUUAGAAAGUCAUCUCUUUGCACAGAUCUGGUGAGAUUUAGCAGACCAGGAUUGGCAAAGUCCCUUGGCCUUCUCUGCUAGGUUUUCCAAUAUAGGUAAACCAUCUGAAGCUCUACCUUGGAGAGACAGGAAGGAAAAUAGAACUCAGGUGUUAACUGGGAGUGUUAGGUAGAGAAAGGGGUCAGGGGCAGAACCCACAGAGGCCUUUUCUGUUUUUGUUUUUGUUUUUGUUUUUACCUAUGGUGGUCAAAUGCUUCCUCACCCUCAUAUCCUCACUAGCUGGGACUGGUGUUUCUGUCCUCAAGUCAUGGAAGAGUGGACAAU